AUGACUAGAGGCGAGAUCCUCCAUCUCCAUAUCGGCCAAGCUGGCACCCAACUGGGUAACAGCGCUUGGGAACUCUACCUCCUCGAGCACGGUCUCAAAAAAGACGGUCGUCCUGACCCAGAAGCCCAAGCCCUCCACGAUUCCGGCGAGCUCGACACCGUCUUCACGGAGACUAGCAGUGGGAAAUACGUGCCCCGAUCGAUCUUCGUGGAUCUAGAUCCGUCGCCGAUUGAUGAGAUUCGCACGGGUGAUUAUCGCCAGCUGUUCCAUCCGGAACUGUUGAUUAGUGGGAAGGAGGACGCGGCGAAUAAUUAUGCGAGGGGGCAUUAUACGGUGGGCAAGGAGAUUUUGGAUGGGACGUUGGAUAAGAUUAGACGUGUUUUGGACAACUGCUCCUCCCUCCAAGGAUUCCUAAUCUUUCACUCCUUCGGCGGCGGAACCGGCUCAGGCUUUGGCUCCCUCCUCCUCGAACGUCUCUCCACCGACUACGGCAAGAAAUCUAAACUUGAAUUCGCCGUCUACCCAGCUCCCCGCGUUUCCACUGCCGUCGUCGAGCCCUACAACGCCGUCCUCAGCACCCACUCCACCAUCGAAAACUCCGACUGCACGUUCCUUGUCGAUAAUGAGGCCGUCUACGAUAUCUGCCGUCGAAACCUGGAUAUCCCUCGUCCCAGCUUCGAACAUCUCAACCGCCUGAUUGCCCAGGUUGUCAGUAGUAUCACUAGUUCUCUUCGUUUUGAUGGCGCGUUGAACGUCGAUUUAAAUGAGUUCCAAACGAACCUCGUCCCGUAUCCUAGAAUCCAUUACCCACUCAUCUCAUACGCACCCGUCAUCUCCGCGGCACGAAGUUCCCACGAGAGUUUCAAAACACAAGAACUUACCCUUCAGUGCUUCGAACCAAACAACCAAAUGGUAGUCUGCGACCCUCGUAACGGGAAAUACAUGGCCGUCGCCCUCCUCUACCGCGGCGACGUCGUCCCGCGCGACACCAACGCUGCCGUCGCAGCCCUGAAAGCCAAGUCCUCAUUCAACCUCGUGGAAUGGUGUCCCACCGGAUUCAAGCUCGGCAUCAACUACCAAAAACCCAUUUCCGUUCCCUCGACCGCGCCUGGCGAUGGCGCGCUCGCUUCAGUCGAUCGUUCAGUUAGUAUGCUGUCGAACACGACGGCCAUCGCGGAGGCGUGGAGUAGACUCGAUCAUAAGUUCGAUCUCAUGUAUAGUAAGCGCGCGUUUGUGCAUUGGUAUGUGGGCGAGGGCAUGGAGGAGGGCGAGUUUAGUGAGGCGAGAGAGGAUUUGGCGGCGCUGGAGAAGGAUUAUGAGGAGGUUGCUGCGGAUAGUUUGGAGCCUGAGGAGGGGGGUGAGGAGUAUUAG